AUGAGUUGUCCUUUGUCUUUGAAGACAAAUCUCCAUCGCCUUGCUCGGCAUCUGGACUGCAGCGUCAGGACGCAUGUGCGGACGGUGAGACUUUGUUCUGACAAGAGAGAGUCGCAGGAAAGAAGCGUCUCUAAGAAAGCCUGCAGUGACUCAGGCAAAGGCAGGCCACUGCCUCGCUUUUGGAUUUAUGAAGCUCAAGGCGACAGGCCUCGCAUGGAGGAUACGCAUGUGGCGCAGCUUAGCUUCCACAAAGACAAACACGUGUUCGGGGUUUUCGACGGACAUGCUGGUGAUUGCGCUGCCAAGCUGCUGAGCACUGAGAUCGUAGGGAUACUGAGGGACCAGAUCAUGCAGAGGUCGGGCCCUCAAGACAGCGCAUUGGGGGCCAGCCUGACCAGCAGCUUCCUUGAGGCCGAGAAGAGAGCGCUAGCACAGCCUUGGGACGAUGGCAGCUCAGCAAUCCUGGCAGUGAUCGAUGGAGAUCGUCUCUUCGUGGCGAAUGCUGGAGACUGCCGGGCGAUCAUCUGCGGUGAGGGAGAGCCCAUGCCGAUGAGCACUGAUCACGACCCGACUGUGCCCGAGGAACGGAAGCGCAUCGAAGCCAACGAUGAGGAGAUUGAAAGCUAUGAAAUCAACGGAAGGUCCAUCAACCGAAUCAGAGAGCUUGCAAUGUCUCGAUGUAUAGGCGACAAAAGUCUCAAGCAAUACCACGAUUACGAUACAGACACUUGGAUACCCAUAGAUGAUUGCAUCAUACCAGACCCUGAGAUAAAGGAGCUCUUGCUCACGAAGCAGCACAAGUAUCUGGUGAUUGCCAGCGAUGGAUUAUGGGCAACCGUGACAAACGAAGCUGUGGCACGGCGUCUCGACACCCUGACGGAAGAAGAGGAUCCGGCAGAAGAGUUGCAGAAGCUCAUUGAUCGACGCGAAGACAACAUCACAAUAGUGGUCGUUGACCUGCGAGUGCAUGCUUGA